AUGAACCAAGAGCUGGGGAGGUUCCUGAGGAGUCACUGCCAGGACCGGCAGGGGGUGUGGGCCCAAUUCCUUUCCUGGGCAGAAUACGCCCACAAUUCAUCGCCUCACUCCUCCACCGGGCCGACUGCCUUCCAAUGUGUUCUGGGAUACCAGCCAGCUCUGGCUCCGUGGACCCCGACCCAGAUCAAAGCUCCUGCAGUAGAUGAGGGUUCAGGCGCACGGAGGAGGUUUGGAAUGAUGCCCAGGAACCUCCCACUUCACCUGCCCUGUAUGAAGCUGAGCCCCCAGGUUGUGUUGUUUAAGGUUCUCAACAAGUAUCUGGUGGACUGGGAGGGGUACGGUCCAGAGGAGCGGUGUUGGGUCCUGGUGGACGAUAUUCUAGAUCCCGAGAUUUCCACCUUCGCCGCCCGGACCAGCCUGCUCCUUGCCCUUGGGGCCGUCCCCCUGGCCGGCAUCCCCCUGGACCACUGGAUGCAGUUCCUGGAUCAGCGUGGACCUGUUCACUACCCACAGGAUCACCAUGGGGACAACCAAGGAUACACCGAUAUGGAGGCUGAUAUGCCUGGAGUGAAUUCCUCACACAAUGACCAGGUCUGCAGCACAUGGGGUAACUACCAUUUCAAGACCUUCGACGGGGACUUUUUCCAGCUCCCCUCCACCUGCAACCAUGUUGUGACCUCACUGUGUAAGAGCGGCUAUGAGGCUUUCAACAUCCAGAUGAGGCGGCAGGUGGUGGACAACCAGCCCACCAUUAGCAAGAUCACCAUGAAGCUGGAUGGUGUAGUGGUGGAGCUUUCCAAGGGUGGUGUUGUGGUCAAUGGCCAGACGGUGACCCUGCCGUUCAGCUUGUCUGGAGUCAGCAUCGUGAAGACUACAUCCAAUGUGAAGGUCGUAGCCAAACUGGGGCUGGUUGCUGUUUGGAACAAGGAUGACUCCCUAAUGAUUGAAAUGAACGAGAAGUACAGAAACCAGACCUGCGGACUGUGUGGUGACUUCAAUGAAGUCCAAACAUACAACGAGUUUAUCAUCAAUGGUGGGGAACUCUCUAGCUCGGACUAUGGAAACCUCUGGAAACUGGAUGGCCCUCUGGAAGUCUGUGAGGAGCCUACGCUAACUUCUGUGGAGAGCUGUGGAGAUGAGGAAUUUUGUCAGCAGCUGUUCUCCAGUGCAGCUUUCAGUAGCUGCACUAAUUAUUUGGACAUGGACGCCUUCAUCAAGACCUGCCUUGCAGACCUGUGCCACUGUGAUAACAGCACCAACUCCUUCUGCCUGUGCAACACCAUCUCAGAGUACUCCCGUCAGUGUGUUCAUGCAGGGGGGAAGCCCCAGCAAUGGAGGACUGAACAGUUCUGCUAUAAGACAUGCCCCUACAACAUGGAGUACCAGGAGUGUGGAAGCCCCUGUGUUGACACCUGCUCCAACCCAGAGGCCGGACAGUUGUGUGAAGACCACUGUACAGACGGCUGCUUCUGUCCUCUAGGUACUGUUUUUGAUGAUGUCAGCAACAGUGGCUGUAUUCCAUUGAGUGAAUGCCUCUGUGUCCACAAUGGACAAGUAUACACAUCUGGAGAAUCUUACACCAGCAACUGUAAAGAAUGCACCUGUGCUGGUGGUCAGUGGGCCUGCACGGACAAGGACUGUCCUGGGACCUGCUCUGUGGAGGGAGGAUCCCACAUCAACACCUAUGAUGGGAAAGCCUACACCUUCCAUGGGGACUGCUCUUACAUUCUGACCAAGAAAUGCAAUGGAUCUGAAUUCACCGUGCUGGGAGACAUUGCGAAGUGUGGGUUGACUGACACUGAGACGUGUAUGAGGGCUGUUACCCUAGCCCUCUCCAGCAGAUCCACCGUGAUCCAAGUCCAGUCAAGUGGAAGAGUUCUUGUAAAUCAGAUUCUUCCUCAGCUCCCGCUCUAUACAGCUGAAGUGACCAUCUUCAAGCCCUCCUCAUUCUACAUUGUUAUCCAGACAACUCUUGGAGUUCAACUUCAGAUCCAGCUUUCACCAGUUAUGCAGAUCUACAUAACUGCCAUCUCAUCCUACAAAGGAACAACCUGUGGCCUUUGCGGAAACUACAAUAAUGUUCAGGCAGAUGAUUUCAGAGUCAUCAGUGGAUUGGUGGAGGGCACAGCUGUAGCUUUUGCCAACACAUGGAAGACCAUGGCCAGCUGCCCUGAUGUCAAGACUAGCUUUGAAAACCCCUGCAGUUUGAGCAUCGAAAAUGAGAAAUACGCCCAGCACUGGUGUUCCAUGUUAUCAGAUCCUAAAGGAGUGUUCUCGCCUUGCCAUUCUGAAAUAAGACCUGACACCUACAAAACCAACUGCAUGUAUGACAGCUGUAACUGCGAGAAGAGUGAGGACUGCAUGUGUGCUGCCGUCUCCUCUUAUGUCCACGCUUGUGCUGCCGAGGGUAUCCAGCUCAGCGGCUGGAGAGACACUAUCUGCAAUAAAUUCGCAGCCUGUCCCAGACAAACAGUUUAUACCUACAACAUGACCAGCUGUGGACGCACCUGCCGCUCACUGAGCAUGACAGACCAAUCUUGCCAGGUGAAGUUUGUUCCGGUGGACGGCUGUGGCUGUGCAGAGGGCACCUACAUGGACGAGGCUGGCCAGUGUGUUGCCCCCACCAACUGUCCCUGCUAUGACAAGGGCUCAGUGGUCCCUGCAGGAGAGACUAUCACUAGAGACGGUGCCACCUGUACUUGCAGACAAGGGACACUGAGUUGCACUGGGGGAGCAAGACUAUUUAUAUGCACAGUGCCAAUGGUUUUCUUCAACUGCUCAACUGCACCUCCAGGAGCUUCAGGUUCAGAGUGUCAGAAGAGCUGCAAAACUCUGGAUAUGACCUGUAUCAGCACAGAGUGCACAUCAGGUUGUAUGUGCCCCCCCGGACUGGUGUCUGAUGGGAACAGAGACUGCAUCAAGGAGGAACUUUGUCCUUGUUCUCACAAUGGAGCUACUUACCAAGCUGGAGAGACUCUUAAGGUUGACUGCAAUACAUGUACUUGCAAGGACAGACAAUGGCAGUGUACCACACAUCUUUGUGAUGGAGUUUGUGCAAUCUACGGAGAGGGUCACUAUAUCACCUUUGAUGAGAAAAGGUUCAACUUUAAUGGAAACUGUGAAUACACUCUCAUUCAGGACUACUGUGGCAAUACUAACAGCAGUGGCAGCUUCAGAGUCCUCACUGAGAAUGUUCCUUGUGGAACUAAAGGCACCACCUGCUCCAAGACCAUCAAGCUCUUCCUGGGGACCAGUGAGCUCAUAUUGGCAGAUGGGACCGCUCAAGUUGUCAGAAGUACUCCAGAAGAGCAGUUUCCUAAACAGAUCAGCCUUCUGGGGAAUUAUCUGGUCAUUGAAGUCAAAAGUGGUCUCAUCCUCAUGUGGGACAAGAAGACCAGUCUCUUUAUCAAGCUUAGCCCACAAUACCAGGGGCAAGUGUGUGGUCUGUGUGGAAACUAUGAUGGCAACGCAAACAAUGACUUCACCACUAGAGCCCAGGCGACAGUUGUUGAUCCAGUGGAAUUUGGAAACAGCUGGAAAGUUUCAUCAAGCUGCCCAAGUGUGUCCGCUGUAGUGCACCCAUGUGCCUCCAACCCGUACAGAGCGUCUUGGGCCCAGAAACAGUGCAGCAUCAUUAACAGUGAUGUCUUCGCAGCCUGCCAGAACCAGGUGGACCCCUCUCCUUACUACGAUGCUUGUGUGAGAGACUCAUGUGCUUGUGACAGUGGUGGAGACUGUGAGUGCUUCUGUACCGCAGUGGCAGCUUAUGCAAAGGCCUGCAAUGAAGCUGGAGCAUGCGUAGCCUGGAGAACCCCUCGAAUUUGCCCACUGUUCUGUGAUUACUACAACCCCACUGGAGAAUGUGAGUGGCACUACAAGGCAUGUGGAGCUCAGUGUAUGAAGACCUGCAGAAACCCUUCCGGAGACUGUUCUAGUUUAAUUCCAGCAUUGGAAGGCUGCUAUCCUAACUGUCCUGUGGCACAACCUUACUUCAAUGAGAAGACAAUGAAGUGUGUGGAGAGGGAACAAUGUGGCUGCUUUGACUAUGAAGGAAACCAGUACACCAAUGGACAGAAUGUUCCGGCACAAAACUGUGAAACAUGCACCUGCACAAUGACUGGAGUGAGCUGCAGUUAUGAUGUAAAUGUUUGUACAUGCUUGCAUAAUGGUAAACAACACCGAUAUGGAGCAACCCUCUACAAUACAACAGAUGGGAUUGGUAACUGCAUUGUUGCUGUUUGUGCCGCGAACGGAACCAUUACCAGGAACAUUUCCCCUUGUCAAGUGACCACAACUCCAGUACCAACCACAACUUCCCCUCUGACCACAACAACUACUUCAACAAAGGAAGAAAACACAACUGAGACCAUCACAUCCACAAAGCCACCUAAAGAAGUGGAGAUAAUGAAUCCAUUAAGAACAUCAUUGCUAGUGGUUAUCACAUUUGCUCAGCUCCAGAGGCAGUUGAAUGUAGAGCAAAACAAUACCCUGGACUUCAGAUCUCUCAGCUUGGCCAAGACCAACAACAACAACAACAGUUCUGUCGACCACGACUCCUACACCCACUACUACAAUCUUAACUUCGACAGCUCCAUCUACCACAAAAACAACAACUCUGCCUUCUACUACAACUCCAACCUCUACUCCUACAUCAACCUCAACAGGAGCAUCAACUACCCAGUGCAGUGGUGUAGAAAGUUGUGUGUGGUCAGACUGGAUCAACCUUGCAACAACAACAACAACAGUUCUGUCGACCACGACUCCUACACCCACUACUACAAUCUUAACUUCGACAGCUCCAUCUACCACAAAAACAACAACUCUGCCUUCUACUACAACUCCAACCUCUACUCCUACAUCAACCUCAACAGGAGCAUCAACUACCCAGUGCAGUGGUGUAGAAAGUUGUGUGUGGUCAGACUGGAUCAACCUUGCAACAACAACAACAACAGUUCUGUCGACCACGACUCCUACACCCACUACUACAAUCUUAACUUCGACAGCUCCAUCUACCACAAAAACAACAACUCUGCCUUCUACUACAACUCCAACCUCUACUCCUACAUCAACCUCAACAGGAGCAUCAACUACCCAGUGCAGUGGUGUAGAAAGUUGUGUGUGGUCAGACUGGAUCAACCUUGCAACAACAACAACAACAGUUCUGUCGACCACGACUCCUACACCCACUACUACAAUCUUAACUUCGACAGCUCCAUCUACCACAAAAACAACAACUCUGCCUUCUACUACAACUCCAACCUCUACUCCUACAUCAACCUCAACAGGAGCAUCAACUACCCAGUGCAGUGGUGUAGAAAGUUGUGUGUGGUCAGACUGGAUCAACCUUGCAACAACAACAACAACAGUUCUGUCGACCACGACUCCUACACCCACUACUACAAUCUUAACUUCGACAGCUCCAUCUACCACAAAAACAACAACUCUGCCUUCUACUACAACUCCAACCUCUACUCCUACAUCAACCUCAACAGGAGCAUCAACUACCCAGUGCAGUGGUGUAGAAAGUUGUGUGUGGUCAGACUGGAUCAACCUUGCAACAACAACAACAACAGUUCUGUCGACCACGACUCCUACACCCACUACUACAAUCUUAACUUCGACAGCUCCAUCUACCACAAAAACAACAACUCUGCCUUCUACUACAACUCCAACCUCUACUCCUACAUCAACCUCAACAGGAGCAUCAACUACCCAGUGCAGUGGUGUAGAAAGUUGUGUGUGGUCAGACUGGAUCAACCUUGCAACAACAACAACAACAGUUCUGUCGACCACGACUCCUACACCCACUACUACAAUCUUAACUUCGACAGCUCCAUCUACCACAAAAACAACAACUCUGCCUUCUACUACAACUCCAACCUCUACUCCUACAUCAACCUCAACAGGAGCAUCAACUACCCAGUGCAGUGGUGUAGAAAGUUGUGUGUGGUCAGACUGGAUCAACCUUGCAACAACAACAACAACAGUUCUGUCGACCACGACUCCUACACCCACUACUACAAUCUUAACUUCGACAGCUCCAUCUACCACAAAAACAACAACUCUGCCUUCUACUACAACUCCAACCUCUACUCCUACAUCAACCUCAACAGGAGCAUCAACUACCCAGUGCAGUGGUGUAGAAAGUUGUGUGUGGUCAGACUGGAUCAACCUUGCAACAACAACAACAACAGUUCUGUCGACCACGACUCCUACACCCACUACUACAAUCUUAACUUCGACAGCUCCAUCUACCACAAAAACAACAACUCUGCCUUCUACUACAACUCCAACCUCUACUCCUACAUCAACCUCAACAGGAGCAUCAACUACCCAGUGCAGUGGUGUAGAAAGUUGUGUGUGGUCAGACUGGAUCAACCUUGCAACAACAACAACAACAGUUCUGUCGACCACGACUCCUACACCCACUACUACAAUCUUAACUUCGACAGCUCCAUCUACCACAAAAACAACAACUCUGCCUUCUACUACAACUCCAACCUCUACUCCUACAUCAACCUCAACAGGAGCAUCAACUACCCAGUGCAGUGGUGUAUCUGCUAUGGUUGGGGAGACCCUCACUAUGUCACCUUUGAUGGAACAUACUAUGGCUUCCAAGGAAAUUGUUCUUACGUCUUGGUCAAAGAAAUCCUGCCAAAGUACAACUUCAGUGUUGUAAUCGACAAUUACUAUUGUGAUGCUCCAGAUGGACUUUCCUGCCCUCAGUCUCUGACCAUUUAUUACCAAUCUUACAAGAUAUUCAUGACCAAGAAGGACGUUGAUGGAGUUUUCACAAGUCUGAUUUAUGUAAACCAGCAACGCAUCAUCCCGGCAUAUGAGACCAAGGACUUCCGCAUCACAGACAACGGAAUUGAGACCCUUUUAGUCAUACCAGCAAUUAAUGCCAAGGUGUCUUUCACUGGUCUUAUGUUUAGCAUAUACCUGCCCUGGGACAAGUUCAGUGGCAACACUGAGGGACAGUGUGGGUGGAUGCCCAAUCCCAUCUACAUAUCAUUGAGUGUCAACCUACUGAAUGUGACACUCACUGCCAGCAGGGCUUUGAUCAUCAAGCCGUUCCUGGGCAGUGUUCCUGGUUCCAUCUGGAUACCAUCUGGAGACAAGUGUCUCAAGUUUGAGUGCGUAAAGAUUAUGGACCAAUUCAUCCCAAUUGAGGCUAAGACUGUGUGCCCUGACUUCCAUCCAGAAGAUUGCAUACCCGGAACUGAAGUCAUUGCUCCAGAUGGUUGCUGCCAUGUCUGUGUUCCAAAAUAUAAGCCAUGCAACAUGACAAAGGGAAAAGUGUACCUGGACAGCAAUGGGUGCAAGUCUGCAAACGAGGUGGAAGUGACAACAUGCGGAGGAUCCUGUGGCACCUACGCCAUGUAUUCUCUUGAGGCCAACAUGAUGGAGCGCUCUUGUACCUGUUGUCGGGAAGUAUCCACCACCAAGAAGGAAGUGGAGAUGAUCUGCCCAGACGGGUCAAAGUUCAACCACUCCUACAUUCACAUCAAUAAAUGUGGCUGCCAGAGGACAGAGUGCGUGACCCCGGAGGAGACCCAGGUCGCAAGGAUGCAGUUCCUGGAUCAGCGUGGAGUGAAUUCCUCACACAAUGACCAGGUCUGCAGCACAUGGGGUAACUACCAUUUCAAGACCUUCGACGGGGACUUUUUCCAGCUCCCCUCCACCUGCAACCAUGUUGUGACCUCACUGUGUAAGAGCAGCUAUGAGGCUUUCAACAUCCAGAUGAGGCGGCAGGUGGUGGACAACCAGCCCACCAUUAGCAAGAUCACCAUGAAGCUGGAUGGUGUAGUGGUGGAGCUUUCCAAGGGUGGUAUUGUGGUCAAUGGGCAGACGGUGACCCUGCCGUUCAGCUUGUCUGGAGUCAGCAUCGUGAAGACUACAUCCAAUGUGAAGGUCGUAGCCAAACUGGGGCUGGUUGCUGUUUGGAACAAGGAUGACUCCCUAAUGAUUGAAAUGAACGAGAAGUACAGAAACCAGACCUGCGGACUGUGUGGUGACUUCAAUGAAGUCCAAACAUACAACGAGUUUAUCAUCAAUGGUGGGGAACUCUCUAGCUCGGACUAUGGAAACCUCUGGAAACUGGAUGGCCCUCUGGAAGUCUGUGAGGAGCCUACGCUAACUUCUGUGGAGAGUUGUGGAGAUGAGGAAUUUUGUCAGCAGCUGUUCUCCAGUGCAGCUUUCAGUAGCUGCACUAAUUAUUUGGACAUGGACUCCUUCAUCAAGACCUGCCUUGCAGACCUGUGCCACUGUGAUAACAGCACCAACUCCUUCUGCCUGUGCAACACCAUCUCAGAGUACUCCCGUCAGUGUGUUCAUGCAGGGGGGAAGCCCCAGCAAUGGAGGACUGAACAGUUCUGCUAUAAGACAUGCCCCUUCAACAUGGAGCACCAGGAGUGUGGAAGCCCCUGUGUUGACACCUGCUCCAACCCAGAGGCCAGCCAGUUGUGUGAAGACCACUGUACAGACGGCUGCUUCUGUCCUCUAGGUACCACAUAGGUUCAACUCUGUACUGUUUUUGAUGAUGUCAGCAACAGCGGCUGUAUUCCAUUGAGUGAAUGCCUCUGUGUCCACAAUGGACAAGUAUACAAAUCUGGAGAAUCUUACACCAGCAACUGUAAAGAAUGCACCUGUGCUGGUGGUCAGUGGGCCUGUACAGACAAGGACUGUCCUGGGACCUGCUCUGUGGAGGGAGGAUCCCACAUCAACACCUAUGAUGGGAAAGCCUACACCUUCCAUGGGGACUGCUCUUACAUUCUGACCAAGCAAUGCAAUGGAACUGAAUUCACCGUGCUGGGAGACAUUGUGAAGUGUGGGUUGACUGACACUCAGACCUGUAUGAGGGCUGUUACCCUAGCCCUCUCCAGCAGAUCCACCGUGAUCCAAGUCCAGUCAAGUGGAAGUGUUCUUGUAAAUCAGAUUCUUUCUCAGCUCCCACUCAAUACAGCUGAAGUGACCAUCUUCAAGCCCUCCUCAUUCUACAUUGUUAUCCAGACAACUCUUGGAGUUCAACUUCAGAUCCAGCUUUCACCAGUUAUGCAGAUCUACAUAACUGCCAUCUCAUCCUACAAAGGAACAACCUGUGGCCUUUGCGGAAACUACAAUGACGUUCAGGCAGAUGAGUUCAGAGUCAUCAGUGGAUUGGUGGAGGGCACAGCUGUAGCUUUUGCCAACACAUGGAAGACCAUGGCCAGCUGCCCUGAUGUCAAGACUAGCUUUGAAAACCCCUGCAGUUUGAGCAUCGAAAACGAGAAAUACGCCCAGCACUGGUGUUCCAUGUUAUCAGAUCCUAAAGGAGUGUUCUCGCCUUGCCAUUCUGAAAUAAGACCAGACACCUACAAAACCAACUGCAUGUAUGACAGCUGUAACUGCGAGAAGAGUGAGGACUGCAUGUGUGCUGCCGUCUCCUCUUAUGUCCACGCUUGUGCUGCCGAGGGUAUCCAGCUCAGCGGCUGGAGAGACACUAUCUGCAAUAAAUUCGCCGCCUGUCCCAGACAAACAGUUUAUACCUACAACAUGACCAGCUGUGGACGCACCUGCCGCUCACUGAGCAUGACAGACCAAUCUUGCCAGGUGAAGUUUGUUCCGGUGGACGGCUGUGGCUGUGCAGAGGGCACCUACAUGGACGAGGCUGGCCAGUGUGUUGCCCCCACCAACUGUCCCUGCUAUGACAAGGGCUCAGUGGUCCCUGCAGGAGAGACUAUCACUAGAGACGGUGCCACCUGUACUUGCAGACAAGGGACACUGAGUUGCACUGGGGGAGCAAGACCAUCCCCAGUAUGCACAGUGCCAAUGGUUUUCUUCAACUGCUCAACUGCACCUCCAGGAGCUUCAGGUUCAGAGUGUCAGAAGAGCUGCAAAACUCUGGAUAUGACCUGUAUCAGCACAGAGUGCACAUCAGGUUGUAUGUGCCCCACCGGACUGGUGUCUGAUGGGAACAGAGACUGCAUCAAGGAGGAACUUUGUCCUUGUUCUCACAAUGGAGCUACUUACCAAGCUGGAGAGACUCUUAAGGUUGACUGCAAUACAUGUACUUGCAAGGACAGACAAUGGCAGUGUACCACACAUCUUUGUGAUGGAGUUUGUGCAAUCUACGGAGAGGGUCACUAUAUCACCUUUGAUGAGAAAAGGUUCAACUUUAAUGGAAACUGUGAAUACACUCUCAUUCAGGACUACUGUGGCAAUACUAAUGGCAGUGGCAGCUUCAGAGUCCUCACUGAGAAUGUUCCUUGUGGAACUAAAGGCACCACCUGCUCCAAGACCAUCAAGCUCUUCCUGGGGACCAGUGAGCUCAUACUGGCAGAUGGGACCGCUCAAGUUGUCAGGAGUACUCCAGAAGAGCAGUUUCCUAAACAGAUCAGCCUUCUGGGGAAUUAUCUGGUCAUUGAAGUCAAAAGUGGUCUAAUCCUCAUGUGGGACAAGAAGACCAGUCUCUUUAUCAAGCUUAGCCCACAAUACCAGGGGCAAGUGUGUGGUCUGUGUGGAAACUAUGAUGGCAACGCAAACAAUGACUUCACCACUAGAGCCCAGGCGACAGUUGUUGAUCCAGUGGAAUUUGGAAACAGCUGGAAAGUUUCAUCAAGCUGCCCAAGUGUAUCCGCUGUAGUGCACCCAUGUGCCUCCAACCCGUACAGAGCGUCUUGGGCCCAGAAACAGUGCAGCAUCAUUAACAGUGAUGUCUUCGCAGCCUGCCAGAACCAGGUGGACCCCUCUCCUUACUACGAUGCUUGUGUGAGAGACUCAUGUGCUUGUGACAGUGGUGGAGACUGUGAGUGCUUCUGUACCGCAGUGGCAGCUUAUGCAAAGGCCUGCAAUGAAGCUGGAGCAUGCGUAGCCUGGAGAACCCCUCGAAUUUGCCCACUGUUCUGUGAUUACUACAACCCCACUGGAGAAUGUGAGUGGCACUACAAGGCAUGUGGAGCUCAGUGUAUGAAGACCUGCAGAAACCCUUCCGGAGACUGUUCUAGUUUAAUUCCAGCAUUGGAAGGCUGCUAUCCUAACUGUCCUGCGGCACAACCUUACUUCAAUGAGGAGACAAUGAAGUGUGUGGAGAGGGAACAAUGUGGCUGUUAUGACUAUGAAGGAAACCAGUACACCAAUGGACAGAAUCUUCCGGCACAAAACUGUGAAACAUGCACCUGCACAAUGACUGGAGUGAGCUGUAGUUAUGAUGUAAAUGAUUGUACAUGCUUGUAUAAUGGUAAACAACACCCAUAUGGAGAAACCCUCUACAACACAACAGAUGGGAUUGGUAACUGCAUUGUUGCUGUUUGUGCGGCGAACGGAACCAUUACCAGGAACAUUUCCCCUUGUCAAGUGACCACAACUCCAGUACCAACCACAACUUCCCCUCUGACCACAACAACUGUCCAUGCAACAACCACACUAAAACCCACAACUGUCUUCCACUUCACAACACCUGGUAAGCAGAGAAACUCUUGA